AGCCUGGAGGGAAGCGGCGUGCCACGUUGUCCUGCCUACCCAGACAGAGCUUGUGUAUCUUGCGUGCCCACGGGAAUACCUCAGAAAGAAUCGUCCGCAAUGGAAGCAGUUAAGGACAUCACAGAGACAGUGGCUGUGGACCUGGGUGCACUCCUGGACGCCGGGGACGACGCCAUGGUGAUACUCGAGGCAGGUGACACUCGGCUGGUGGUGCACAGGGCCGUCCUCGCGGAUAGGAGCCCUGUGUUCGCGGCCAUGUUCGCCCACGACACCCUCGAGGCCUGCACUGGCGUGGUGAGGAUUGCCGACAUCGGGGGCCCGGUGCUGAGGCAGCUGGUCUCCUACCUGUACACCCUGCGGCCCCCCCAGCUGCCCAGCAUGGCCCCCCAGCUGCUGGCCGCAGCGGAUAAGUACGGGGCGUCGGGGCUGAAGGCGGAGUGCGAGCGGCAGGUGGCCGCUCAGCUGACCGUGGAGACCGCGGCGGCCGCAGCCACCCUCGCAGUCCGCCACUCCUGCGGUGACCUCAGUGCACCAGUCGUUACAGAGCCGAGGACCACCACCACCAGCACCACAACCACAACCAGAACCACCACCACCACCGCUGCCACCGCCACCUCUGCCAGCGCACCUCACCAGACACCUGCUGCUGCGCGGCCCACGACUCUUCAACCUGAUGAGGCCACUGUCUCUCAAAUGCGGAGCCUCUCUGCAGAGGAGAGGGACAGGAGGCUGGUCGAGGCGGCUGAGGAGGGGGCAGUGGGGGAGCUGAGGGCGCUGAUCGCUGCAGGGGCCGACGUGGGGGCGAGGGGCGGGUGGGGGUGGACCGCCCUGCACUGGGCAGCAUACAGGGGAGACGUCGAGGCGGCGAGGCUGCUGGUGGGGGCGGGGGCGGCGGUGGACGCCAGGGAUGUGAUUGGGUGGACGCCGCUACAUCUUGCGGCAGCCAACGGCCACACAGAAGUGGCGGCUGCGCUGCUCGUCGCGGGGGCCGACAGGGGGGCCACAACUCGUGAUGGGCGGACAGCGCUGGACCUCGCCAGGUGGCGCAACCACAGGCGGCUGGUGGAGAUGCUGUCAUGA